UUUUGCUCGUCGGUACGGCGUCGUCCGCUACAAUCUGCCCCAACAAAAAACAAUGACGAAGACGAAACAAGCUGCAGUCUUUUCCCCCUCUGAAACUGCUCUAAAAAACAAAGCUUUGCGAACAUUUGCACGAAGAUUAAGCAAGAUGCGGCGGAAACCAACCAGGCAUCAUGGACUGUUACCAGUUCUGCCUUUGACUUUCUCACCAUUUGCUCGUUCUGUUGCUCGAGCUGCCACUGCAUACCUGGUUAGGCAUCUCAUGCUUGAUGUCAAACGACAGUCAACAGGUGAUGAAAUUAAAAACAAGUUAGAAAAGAUAGACAGACUAUCUGAGUCAUCUGAUGAUGAAGACUUCAAUGGAGUUAUCCAAGCAGAUUUUGCCUUCUUUGAUCCAAAACCUGAUGAUUUUCACGGUGUGAAAACCUUGCUGCAAUCCUACCUUGAUAACAAGCAAUGGGAUUUGAGUGGUUUCAUAGACUUGAUAACAGGACAACCCACUGUUGGAACUGUUGUUAAAUUAGAGGAUGAUGAAGACAAUGGAGUUUUUUCUGUACUUACUGCCCUCAACUUGGGGAGAUAUAAAGAUCACAAGUGUAUUACAGAGAUCAAGGAGUUCCUCCUUAACAUAUGCCAUGAGAAAGACAAAAUAGGCAACUUGAGAUCACUUUUGGGAGAUAAAGCACAGGAUGUGGGUCUCCUGGUUUCCCAACGUGUGGUGAAUCUUCCUCCUGAACUCUUGCCGCAUCUUUAUGAUGCGCUGUUUGAUGAAGUCUCAUGGGCUACAGAAGAUGAGCCCACAGAAGAGUUGCGUGAUUCCUUCCGCUUCAAGUUUUAUGUACUAGUAACCAAAAUUUACAAGUUACAGCAAAAAAAUCAUCAUCGGAAAAGGUCUUCAAGUGCUGACAAAAAUGAGGAAGUUAUAUAUAUUAAGCCAGAAGAUGAGAUUUUUCAUAAGCUGAGCAUGUGGUCCUUCCUUUUCCCUUUACAAACUCAGCAGGUCGCAACUCAUGAGCUAAAAAAUUACCAGUUAACAGGGAUUGUCAUGGCUAUUGAAGCAAAAAAUGUUUCCUUGUUCCGACAGCAAUUACAUACUUUAAUAAAUGAAUCUUGAGUCUUAUUGUAAGAUUUCAAAAGUUUUGAUUUUGUAAUGACUGUAUCUUUUGAGUUAAAAGAUUUUGCAAAGUCGGUAAAUGUUCAGGAUGCAACCUCACUACUUAUGGUGAUUUUCUUGCACCAGUUUAGGGAGCUAGAAAUCAGUCUUUUUCAGGAGUCUCCAAUUUUGUAAGUAUAGGAGACACCCGGACCUUAUUUGAGGUGACAUUUUUGUUGGAAUGAAAGUUGUUGUGAUGGAUAGCUUUCUCUU